CCCAGCCCGGCGGGGCUCCGGCCCGGCCCUGCCCUCCCGGUGCGGGGCAGCGCGGGUCACUGACAAAGGGGCAGCGGCGGAGCUGCCUCCUCCCCGCCCCUCGGCGGCAUCCCCCACCCCCUCCGGGACCGCUCCUGAUUCGGCGGGGCCCGCUGACAGCGCGGGUCUCCCCUAGAUCAGCCCUCACCUGGAUAUAACCCUGCCGGCCGCUGCCGCUGCGAUGACAACUCUGGCCGGAGCUGUCCCCAGGAUGAUGCGCCCCGGGGCCGGGCAGAACUAUCCCCGCAGCGGGUUCCCGCUGGAAGUCUCUACCCCUCUAGGCCAGGGCAGAGUCAAUCAGCUCGGAGGAGUGUUUAUCAAUGGCAGGCCUUUACCCAACCAUAUCCGGCACAAGAUAGUGGAGAUGGCCCACCAUGGCAUAAGGCCCUGUGUCAUCUCCCGCCAGCUGCGAGUGUCCCACGGCUGCGUCUCCAAAAUUCUCUGCAGGUACCAGGAGACGGGCUCCAUCCGGCCGGGGGCCAUCGGCGGCAGCAAGCCCAAGCAGGUGACGACGCCGGAUGUUGAGAAGAAAAUAGAGGAAUACAAGAGGGAAAACGCGGGCAUGUUCAGCUGGGAGAUCCGGGACAAGCUGCUGAAGGACGGCGUGUGUGACCGCAACUCGGUGCCGUCAGUGAGCUCCAUCAGCCGCAUCCUGAGGAGCAAGUUUGGGAAAGGCGAGGAAGAGGAGGCUGAGCUGGAAAGAAAAGAGGUGGAGGAAGGCGACAAGAAGGCCAAGCACAGCAUUGAUGGCAUCCUCAGCGAAAGAGCACCUCAGUCUGAUGAAGGCUCUGACAUCGAUUCUGAACCAGAUUUGCCUUUAAAAAGAAAGCAGCGUCGCAGCAGGACAACCUUCACAGCAGAACAACUGGAAGAGCUGGAAAGAGCUUUUGAGAGGACACACUACCCUGACAUUUACACCAGGGAAGAACUUGCACAGAGAGCCAAGCUCACAGAGGCUCGUGUCCAGGUCUGGUUUAGCAAUCGUCGUGCCAGAUGGAGGAAACAGGCAGGAGCCAACCAACUGAUGGCUUUCAACCAUCUGAUCCCUGGAGGAUUCCCACCCAGUGCCAUGCCAACUUUGCCAACGUACCAGCUCUCUGAGCCCUCCUACCAACCCACCUCCAUACCCCAAGCCGUGUCUGAUCCAAGCAGUACCGUCCACAGACCUCAGCCUCUCCCUCCAAGCACUGUACACCAAAGCAGCCUCCCUUCGAACCCCGAGAGCAGCUCUGCCUAUUGCCUGCCCAGCACCAGGCAUGGAUUUUCCAGCUAUACAGACAGCUUUGUGCCUCCAUCCGGGCCCUCCAAUCCCAUGAACCCUGCCAUUGGCAAUGGCCUCUCACCUCAGGUAAUGGGACUCCUGACUAACCACGGUGGUGUGCCUCACCAGCCCCAAACUGAUUAUGCCCUGUCUCCUCUAACUGGGGGCCUGGAGCCCACCACUACUGUGUCAGCCAGCUGCAGCCAGAGGUUAGAGCACAUGAAGAGCUUAGACAGCCUGCCCACAUCCCAGUCCUACUGCCCACCAACCUACAGCACCACGGGAUACAGCAUGGACCCCGUCACGGGCUACCAGUACGGCCAGUACGGCCAAAGUGAGUAUGGCACAUUGGCACUGGGAAGGGCACCCAGCUGCCCACAGACUGAGCUGGCUGUCUGUCUGUCUGUCUGUGAGGAAGGGAGUUCUGAGCAGAGAUCCUCAGGGCUCACUGCUACUUCUCCUCAAAGCCAUGCACUGGUGAGAUAGCUGAUUGUUCAAGCAGGAUUUCUGCUGCAUAAUUAUUUUCUUAAGUGAUGUCAACAACAUCUUGAUGUUAUUAAUUGUUGAGACAUGAAACCUGAUUGCCAUUAGGUAAAACAUAAGAGUUGUCCAAAAUGAAAUAACCGCUGGCAUUCCACUAUUAGAAACACAUGUUCUUAAUGAGGUCAGCUCAAGAAUCAUUACAGUAUAUAAUCCCAGAUACAUAGAGUUUUGUCAAACUUGUCCUAGGAAUAAAAAUAUUAGUCCCUUUCCUUUGAUACAUCAGUAUUAAAUAUGACAUUGUCAACCUGUAGUUGGCAUGGCCCCAUGCUGUGAGGUUGUCACAGCAUGACUUAAAAAGCUUCUUUUGCUUUUUUGCAGGUGCCUUUCAUUAUCUGAAGCCAGAUAUUGCAUAAAUGAACUGUCCACUUCAAGUUAAAGCUGGUCUUGUUUUCCGGUCUCACUCCAAGGCUUGGAUAUGAGGGAUCUUCUCAACACAGUGCAGCCUAAACUGGGGCAGUCCCACUGAGAGAAACAAGCUUGUUAUAUUCUCUCCAGUCAUAGCUUUUAGUAGAUUUUUGAAGGCUGGACAAAGCUAUACAGAAGACAAAGGCCAAAAGCAAUAAUGAAUAAAUGUGACAUGCUUCAUUAUGAGUGGGUAUACAAAACAGAGCAGUAUUUAACAUCACAGCCUGGCAAAUAUUCCAUUUUUUUUGUUGUUGUUGAAAUUAAUGUGCAUUGAUUGGGACAAAUGGAACAUUUCGAAACUAAACUUAGAGCAGUUGAGCUCUGUGUACUCUGACUCAUCUGACAUCCAGUGCUGACUUUAGUCUAACUUUAAAACAGCUCAGUUUCUGAAGCAAGGUUGGAAGAGCCUCUCACUGUACACACUGGAAAUUGUCAUCAAGAGGAAACGUCACAGUCCCUAGGAAGCUGGAUAAGUGUGAAAGACUUCCCGAGCAACUCAUUGGUUACCUUGCUGUGCUUUUGUAAUCACCUUGUCAAUAAACGUCACUCACAGGUUUGGCUUCACCAAGAGAGGAGAUCUUGUGUAACAUGGAACCCAGAUUUUACCUUUUUGUAUGUGUUUUCCCAGUGUGUUUUACCUUUUUAAACAAAUAUGGGAGACAAAAAACCCCACCAACAACGCGACUGAUUUUUCACAACUGCCUAGCAAUGUGCAAUACUGUGUACCUCACACAAACUUUGGGAUCAUCCAAAGUCAUAGAUAUAGAAUCAGAACUAUAUUUUUGCAGGUACUUUUAUUUUUGCAGUGCAUAAUUCCUGACGAUAAAAUACAGAAAUGUUGCAGUCUGCUGGAUUACUGAAAUCCAGCUUGCUAAUCAUGAUUUAAAGGUCAUCUUCAGGAAACAAUAGGAAGAAAUUACGUUUACAUGUUUUUUAGUGCUGUACAGGACAUAGAGAUGGACCUGUAUUUGACACAUCUGUUUAAAUUAUACAGCAAUAUCCAAUAUAGACAGUAUAAUUAUAGGAACCAAGGUUUACAAGAAGUUUGCAUCGUGACAUUUUAGAAUGUCAAUAAAUUUGUGUUUUGUGAUGUUGAGAGGAAGAGGACGAUGGAAGGUGGGAUUAUUUAUUUCUCUCUAUUCGUGGAACAAAGAGGGAGGCAGAACACAAAUACAUUCCUUUUAGAGUUAAGGACUAUGAAGUAGUGAGUUAGACUAGGUUCAGUACAGAGGUUAGUUCACACAACGGUCUUAAGGGUGAUGGAAAAAUGAAAUAUUAUCUUUGUGUUGCAGCCUCUACAACAAAAUGUGUUGUAAAAAAAAGAAAAACCCAAACAAGCAAACAAAAAAAAAAUCAAAAAAAGAAAACAAAAAACAAAUGUCUUUCAUGUAAAAAGUUCAGUAAAUAUUUACUAUUUAUAAUGAAUAAACAUUAUGAAGACUUUCAAAGCACUGAUGAUUUUGUCCUAAAAUGUAGUAUUGUGAUAAAUACAUUGAUACAUUUUAAUCUGAAUAUCAUGAAGAAAUAAACCAUGUUAUCUUCGAUGCAGCCUGUAUUCGUUAUUUGAGUGUAUUCUGCACACAUCCUGGGCUGGGGGAGCAUUGGGCAGCCUCUGUGGCCAGGUGCUGCUUGUGUGCCCUGUGGAACUCUGUGUGUGGCUGGCUGUGUGUGAGAUAAUGAACUUUGCAUUUUCUGAGCACCGUGGGUACCAGUAGUGCAUCUGCCCAACAAGGGAAAAGCCCUUGCCAUGCAUUCAAAAUGAAAUAGCAUAGGUUUAAACCCAGCACAAGUAGGGCAAUUGGGAUGGCUUCAGAAAAUGCAGGGACUUUGUAAUCAGUUAUGGGUGGUAUCUGUCCUGAAUUAUAUUUUUUUUUCCUCAGAAGCCUCAAGAAUUUUUUAAUAGGCCUACACACAAACUGAUUGUAACAUGGAGAAGACCCUUCAAAAUGGGUGGAGUAAAUUUUACUGCCAAAUCAGUGUGCAAGGGAAUUUUACUUCACCCCAGGCUUGGAGAACAUUUAAUUUCCUCACUAUUUUGUAGGGGAUGUAACCACCUUUAAUUUCUUUCUGCCUUUUUUUCUGUGUGCAUUUUAUUUUUAUUUUGUUCUUUUAAGUCUAGCCCUUUUCCCUCAGAAAAGGAAGGAAUAUAUUUCUUGAACAGAGGCCAUUAAAAAAGGGGAAAGGAGAUUUCUUUUUUUUUUCCUUUCCAGUUUCUGUUUCUCUGAUGCACUUUUUAACUUCUGAGACAACUGAAAUUUAAAACUCUCUUAUUAACACCUAUUCCUUUCUCCAAACUGCUUUUUUUUCCUGAAUUUUUCAAUGUUGCUUCCCAGGACUUGGCCCUUGACAGGGGCCUCAUGUCCUUGCUGCAAAGGCCAUGUAAACUAUUUCCCACUUGCAAUUCCUUUUCUGUAAACCACUGGAUAGAAUCCUGCUUGCUUGCACAGUUUGGAACUGGGUGCUCCUUCCCAAGAGGAGCGUACCCUUGUCCCAGGGCGAUUGAAAAAUGUCACCUUCCUUUUCUGUUCCAGCAGCUGCAGGGCUGGGGGAGCUGUGAUUUCUCCCCAUCCCCUCAAUCCCACUGAGGUGCUUCACUGACCUCACAUUAGGGAAUUUUGGGCAUUUUGGCUGCUCCAUCCUCUUCUCAAGGGUGUCCCAAGUACUUUCCUGUCUGAGAGCCUAAUGCAGAGCAGGAGAGACUGGAAACAAGACAGAUAGGGAGGAAAGGCCCUGUCCCUGCCCAUGGUGGAGGGUUGGAACUGGAUGAUCUUUAGGGUCCCUACCAACCUCAACCAUUCUAUGAUUCUUUGAAAAUCAUCCAUUCUUCUCACACUCAAGCCACGCAAUGGAGAACUGGGAGGAGCUCUUGUCAUGGGAAGG